UAUUGCCUUAUUGGUUUUGCCUUUAAAUUCCAGACAGCAGAAUAAACAAUGGACCAAUUGAAAGGUGAAAUGCUCAAUGCGUCUACAUUACAUGAUAUCUGUACCAAGGGUAUUGGGAGUCUAACUCGUACCGACCAAGCCCAAGCCCAAGGCGAACUAAUCGACUAUACAGGAUCUACUCCCAGCAAUGUUCUAGUAAGAGAAGGCAGUGAGGAAGGACUUCAUGAUGCCGCUAUGGAAGAAGUGAUGAUACAGAAUAGCAGACAGUCUGCAACUACAUUUUCGUGGUUGAUGCAGAAUUAUGAGGCAUCUCAGGGCUAUUCCCUUCCACGCUGUCUCAUCUAUGAGCAUUACCUGGACUUCUGUCAGAGAAAUGUUCUACAGCCAGUAAAUGCAGCUAGCUUUGGAAAGACCAUACGUCAAGUCUUCCCAGACAUCCGAACGCGGCGCCUUGGGACCCGCGGCCAGUCUAAAUACCACUAUUACGGCAUCAAAGUCCGCUGUGACUCGCCCUAUUACUCCACCCUCGUCGCCUCUCAGCGGAUGUCCCUCCCGUGCCCUACCAGUGGUCAAUGGCUGGCCAAGACCUUCAGUUCGAUGACGCCUUCGCCCACGCAUUCAAUAACGCCUACGACAUCGUCGAAGAUAUCUGCCGACAUCGUUGGUCAAAGUCAGAAGUCGAUGUGUACAGGUGGAACUUUGGGAAGUACUGGGAAAAGUGAAGGAGGGAGUGGAGAGUGUGGAGAAGGAGAAGCGAGUACUGUUGGUAGCAGUAUGGGCAACAGAGGAAAGAGCGUCUCGUCCGCCACUUUGCAGAAAGUCAUAGGACAGAAGACACCUGAUAAGGGCUUUACCGCAAACGCAAACCGUGAACCCACCCUACCGAUUACACCAUUGAUGCAGUCAGCAAGCAGUUCACUGCUGCCAUCCUUCCCCACGUCUCAUCAACUCAUUCAUCUCCCACACGACGUUGACCAUCAUCAAGUGGAUGAGUUUCUAAAAGACUACAGGGUUCACUGUGCUAUCAUUCUGGAGGUCAUUAUGAGAGGAGGACUCGAUGAGGUUGUUUACUAUUGCCAAACAUACUGGGACAACUUGCCAAUUGGGCAGCGACGUCUGCUUGAUAUCCCGUCCAUGUGCGACGCUUUGGCUGUCUGUGAUACCUACCUCUACCACACCAUUGUGUCCGUGCUCAUUCCUGGCACUCUUAACACUGUCCCACAAAGCUUGUUGCAAGGUAUUCGACAUUUCUCUCACGAAGUUCCUCAAAUAAAGCAAAGUGUUCUCAAAUCUUUCCCAGAUCAACUGUUGCACAGCAAAAUGCCAGCUAUGAAGCGAUUUUCACGCCUUUUGAAGAGGAAAACAUCCCUUGCACAUCUAGCACAGGCAAGCCGAAGUGCCCUAGCAGUGGAUAUCACUAUCACACAGAUGCGUCUGGAUUGGGAAAGGCGUACAGAACAUGAUACGGCCUGUUCUCAACUCAUAUGGACCAUGCCUGAGAUGAAAGGACUCAUUCAUGGGGAUAUCCGUGCUCAUAUGGACUCGUUCAAAAAGUUACUGGAAUCUCGUGCUACCGUCGAAGAUCACAUCAAGUGGGUUGAAGAGGUCCGCUCAUUCUACGUAGAGAAGGGAUACCCUCGCGGUAGCGCGCAUUAUGAGAAAGCUGAGCGGGCGUUCUUCAUGGGCUGGAGUUAUGUCUGUAGUCUUAUCAUCAGGGAUCAGACACUUAGAAGCGCCACCAGCUUUGGUUCGUUCCAUCUUCUGAACCUUCUGUAUGAAGAAUAUCUUCUCUACGUGAUAGAGGUGCAUCGAUACCAGCGAGAAGAAGUAGCACUCUGGAACCACGUCAUGGAUGUAAACAUGCCGAUGGCCGAGGGAUAUCUCCUAGCUGACGUCGAUCUCGAUUUGGACGACUGCGGCGACAUCCUUGAAAUGUCCUCCAGCUCGAUGAUGUCUAUAGGAGCAGGUGACGAUAUUUUCGAUGAUGAUGCAAUACUUCCCGCUUCCCGCGCCGUCAAUGCCGUUCCCCUGACUGUUCCUGACAAACUGGCAUCGACUCAAAUGAUUGACUCUACCGUAGAAAGCUCUAGAUCAGGCGUUGAAGACUGUGACGUCACCAAGCAUGUGAAAGCAGUAUUACCCACACUCGAUAUCAUCUCAAUGGCAUAUGCCGCAUCAUUUCGACCUGGUGGAAAUGAGAGUCCUGUACCAGGAGGUAUGACUGAAUUAGGUCCGAGUCUCACCCGGCUCGCUGAGUCGUCAAAGAAACCUAUCAGUAUGGACGUUGAGUCGCCAAGCAAUGCAACCACGGAGAAGAAAAUCACCACACUCAAAGAAACAUCCACGUUUGUGACAACCAAAUUGAUCCGCGCUACCCUCCUACCACAAAGCGAUCAGAAACCACUUACACCAUCAGGCUCAGCGUCCGCCAAUACGAAAAAAGGAGGAGAGGGCCUAAAGGAGACCCCUGCGGCACCUCCAGUCCUCACACUCAACGUUCCCAUGCUCCCAGGUCUAGAUCUUCACAAGGGGCAGUUCUUGACCGCGGGUGACGGUAAUAAGUACAUAAUCAACGACGUUCAGACAGUGUUACAACCGGCGAAAAACACCACGGAUUAAACGCCUAGAAACAAAAGAUUCUACACCAGCGCUUGAAAAGAUCUAAUUGCUUGGUUACGUGAUCAUAGGGGUAAUCGUUUUUCCUGCGCUUGUUACAAAAAAAAAAACGGACACAAUUUUCCUUUAUACCGCAGUUUCAUUGACGCGAUCGACACCAAACCGAAAAGAAGCCGAACCAAUUUGACAUUACCAUGGAUGGUCAAGCGUGAAGAGUUGGUUGGUUCGGAGUCGGUCUGAAUUCUGUUUUGCAUGACAUGUUACUCUAAUUGACCGAGGCGUUUAGUUAAGCAGUUGACGGAUGUAUCAGUUUGUUAUUACCAAAAUGUCAGUUAUUCCAAUGCUUGCAUUGUUUGAUUCUGAGAAUAUCAUACUGAUAUAUUCUGCAAUAUUUAAUUUCCGCUUGAUAAGAUUUUCUCAUUUUAUGCAACAUGUAUCAUACAUUAUUCUUCAACUUUACUCUUGCCAAUCGUUAGCAUUUACAUUCCAUUUUUUUUACGAUCGUCUGAUUUAUAAAUCAGAAAUACAUUUUCAAACUGGCAUAUUUUUGCAACAUAAUCUGUUUAAAAAGAUAAAUGUUCUCUUUUUAUGCAGUAUUUUUCAUAUAUUGAUCUUUAAAUUGACUCUUGCCGAUCGGUCGCUGUCAUUUAAACUUUCUGUGUGACCAUCUUAACUAUUGAUUUCCAAGUAUAUCAAUUUUAAACAAUGUUUCUUUGAGUAGCAUACAUUAAAUGAUUUAUACAUUUUAAUGAAUCUGGACGAAAUAUAUUGUUCUUCACCUUUCUACUAAAGAUUUUGUGUAACAUCACUUGAAGACGUUGAAGAUAAUUUAAGUUUGUUUGUGAUGACAAUGCCUUGAAGUAUUUACAGUGAGAAUUUUCAAUGCUCUUGAAAUUUUCCGAUGAUGUGUAUAUAAGUUGUUUUAAACUUUGAUGUUAAGCCAUCAAAGAUCAUAAAAUACACAGUUAUAUGUUCGUCUUUUUUGGAUAUGAUUAAAAGAUGUAAAAAACAGU